AUGGAAGACAACCAUCCCGCUGCCUCCGCCGACGACGGUGCCUCCGCCGGUACCGUGGAACCGAAGCCUCUACAAUCAAAAAGUUGGGCCGACAUAGCUGAUGAGCCCGAUCCGGAGCAAGAGCAAGCCGGGCCCUCGGAUGAAAAAUCUGACGUUCAGUUGGAUUCACUUGCCAUCGACGAGUCCAAGAGAGUCAACAAUAACCUCACCGAUCCCGAUGAUUCAAGAAUUGAAGCUGUUACAUCUGGUGACACUCCAUAUACAUCAGCUAAGAGAUUCGAGGACUUAAAUCUUUCGCCUGAAUUAUUGAAGGGUCUGUAUAUUGAGAUGAAGUUUGAGAGGCCUAGUAAGAUUCAGACUAUUAGUUUGCCAAUGAUCCUAACUCCUCCGUACAAGAAUUUGAUAGCUCAGGCUCACAAUGGGUCUGGAAAGACCACAUGUUUUGUGCUUGGUAUGUUGAGCCGUGUCGAUCCAAACCUCAAGGCUCCCCAGGCACUUUGUAUCUGCCCCACCAGAGAAUUGGCCAUUCAGAAUAUGGAAGUGCUCCUCAAGAUGGGGAAAUACACUGGGAUAACUACAGAAUUAGCAAUACCAUCAGAUUCCGCAAACUACAUACCAAUUCAAAAGAGGCCACCUAUCACAGCACAAGUAAUUAUUGGCACACCUGGUACAGUAAGUAAGUGGGUACUAGCAAGGAAACUUGGUGUGAGUCAAAUGAAGAUUCUUGUUUUUGAUGAAGCGGAUCACAUGUUGGCCGAGAGUGGCUUUCAAGAUGAGUCCGUGAGGAUAAUGAGGGCAAUUCAAAAAGGCAAUUCCAAUUGCCAGGUGCUCCUAUUUUCUGCAACAUUUGACGAUGCUGUCAGGGCCUUUGUCUCUAAAAUAGUCAAGGAAAUAUUUGUUAGAGACUAUAACCAAAUGUUUGUUAAAAAGGAAGAACUAUCUUUGGAGUCUGUCAAACAAUAUAAAGUGCAGUGCCCGGAUGAGCUUUCAAAGAUUAUGAUCAUUAAAGACAAAAUAUUUGAAAUAGGAGAGAAGGUCGGGCAGACAAUCAUAUUUGUCCGCUCAAGGAAUAGUGCAUCUAUGUUGCACCAAGCUUUAGUCAAGUACGGAUACGAGGUUACAACCAUUCAAGGGGCCUUGAAGCAAGAAGAUAGGGACAGAAUAAUAAAAGAAUUCAAAGAUGGAUUGACUCAAGUUCUUAUAUCUACCGAUCUUCUUGCUAGGGGUUUUGAUCAAUCACAGGUCAAUUUGGUUGUCAAUUAUAAUCUUCCUGUAAGGUACGACAAUCCUAUGGAACCUGAUUAUGAGGUAUACUUGCAUCGGGUUGGUAGAGCUGGGCGCUUUGGCCGCAAAGGUGCUGUAUUUAACUUGCUUUGUGAUGAUAGAGAUAAUAUGAUCAUGGACAAGAUUGAGCAACACUUCAACGCUCAAAUAACUGAGUUGGGCUCAUGGAAAAGCAACGAUGAUUUUGAGGGCGCUCUCAAGAAAGCCGGGUUGCUCUGA